CAGGCUAUAGUAGUCGAAACGCUGCUAAGCAUCCAUAUCAACAAUUUUAAUAUAACCAAAGUGACCCUUUGAACGAUAUGAAUCAGUAUUCAAUACUUGAUCGGAUUGGAGAAGGUGCACAUGGCAUUGUUUUCAAGGCAAAGCAUAUUGAGACUGGUGAAAUAGUUGCAUUGAAGAAGGUUCCACUGAGGAAAUUAGAUGAUGGAAUUCCAAACACAGCUCUAAGGGAAAUAAAAGCAUUGCAAGAAAUUGAGGAGAACCAAUAUGUUGUGAAGUUGAAGGAUGUCUUUCCCCAUGGCACUGGCUUUGUACUAGUAUUUGAGUUCAUGCUGUCGGAUCUCUCUGAAGUGAUUAGGAAUUCAGAUCAACCCCUCACAGAAGCCCAGGUCAAGAGCUACAUGUUAAUGCUUCUUAAAGGCAUAACACACUGCCAUGAGAACUCCAUUAUGCACAGAGAUCUGAAGCCAGCCAAUCUUUUAAUCAGUGAGACCGGGCACUUGAAGAUAGCUGACUUUGGUCUGGCAAGGGUCUUCAGUAAUGACGAGGGAAGGCAGUACAGCCACCAAGUAGCUACAAGAUGGUACCGUGCUCCGGAGCUUCUGUAUGGAGCCAGAAAAUAUGAUGAAGGAGCAGACCUGUGGGCCGUUGGUUGCAUUUUUGGAGAGCUUUUGAACAACUCGCCUAUCUUCCCUGGAGAAAAUGAUAUUGAGCAGCUUUGCUGUGUGCUUAGAAUCUUGGGAACGCCCACAGAGAAAACCUGGCCGGGUAUGAAAGACCUACCAGACUACAACAAGAUCACAUUUCCAGAAAAUCCACCCAUACCCCUGGAACAAAUUGUUCCUGAUGCAUCUCCAGAGGCUUUAGAUUUGCUGAAGAAAUUCUUGGUGUAUCCUUCAAGACAAAGGAUAUCCGCGUCUGAGGCCUUGCUCCAUCCGUAUUUCUUCACGGAGCCCCUCCCGGCUCAUCACUCCGAGCUCCCAAUCCCACAGCGCAGCAGGCGAGGUCGAAGGUCACAGCAUGCCAAGGAGUAUGACAUUGACGUACCACUGGAACAGACCCUGAUUGACCCCCAAGAAAUUGCUCCAUUUGUCUGAAGAGUUGCAUUUCCAUGGCAAGGCAAUACCAUAGCGUAUUGAGUGAAAUAGUUGCGUCACUGGAAAUUGCUUCUGAUUGGUCAGUUAUUUCAUGGAACUCCAAAUUGUACGUGGGAGGAAUUUAUUAGGAGUUCCAUGACUGCUUACCGGUACGUGUAUAUGCACAUGUGACAACUAUCUCUCCCAAUAUGCUUUUGGGCAAUACCAAUGUCCCAGCUUAAACUUUUAAAUCAGAAACAUAAGAAUCUUUUUUCUUUAAAGCUAAAAAAAUAGUUGGGGAUUCCAAAAGAGGGACGGGCAUUUACAGUGUAACAUCUUGUACAGGAUUGACAAUUUUUUUAAUAUUUGACAAGUUUUUACAUUCAGCAUAAACAUAAUACAAAUAUACAGACAUUUAUAUCCAUGUAACAAUAAAUCAAAGAAGAAAUCAAAUGGAUCUAUAGUAUAGAGAAUAGAAAACAUCAGCGAUUGUCAAAAUCCCCCCUUCUUAGAACAAAAAAGGAUUUAUGUCAGCGUAUCAUCUGGCUAAACUGCUUGAAUAGGGUUAUUUUCUAAAAUUCUGGAAAUUAAGUGCUUUUUUUUCAUUGUGCCUAUCUUUUUGUUGCGUCUUUCAGCAAUAAACCUUUCUACCAUCCAAAAAUAUUUAACAUAAUGUACAAAAUGAUGAACAUUGGGCAUGUUUUCUGUAAUCCUAUACCUAAAGAUAUAUUGCUUUCCUAACAAAAGCAGGAAAUUAAUGGUGAAAACGUGUCUUACUUUGACAAGCUUGGUCAGCCCAGACAGGAUAUUUUUAGUUGAAAAAAUCGAGAAUUGACAGUUCAUUGAAGAAAUCUAAAACGUAUUACUUAUUUGGUCUUGCACCAAAUAAGUAACUUUCACCACUCUGUUUCUUUUUUAAAUUUGUGCUUUCAUACAGGCAAAUGAAAUUAUUACAAAAAGGUUAGAUUGCCCUUUAGUACUGUACAUCUUACGAGUUUGUACCUGUCACUAGUUCUGUGCUGUGACUUCUCUUUAUUAUUAUAGAACAUAAACAUUUGUAUAUAAUCAUUGGUAGACAUCCAAUGUGUUUGUACAUCAGUGUAAAUAUCAAGUGUAUUUGUAAAUAUGGAUUGUAUUUAUUUCUUGUAUAUUGUACAGUAUUUAAGCCAACAUCGAAAAACUAUGUACUUGUGUAAAAUCUAUGUACUUUGAAAUAAUUAGAAAUUUUCUAUGCUAUGUGGAUAAUGAUCGAUAUGUAAUCUCUAAUGUAUCUUUAAAAUUUGUCUUUCAUUUUCUUUUUUCUAGAGUAUUUUCAUUUAAUACUCAACAACAAAUAGACAUUGUUGAAUGCUUACAUUUUCCCUCUCAUAUAUAAAGCUACGGUGUAUUAUGGCUAUGUAAUCAUCACUCAAAAUUGUUUGUUUAUUUACAUCGUCUUGAAAUGUAUGUGAUAUCACUCUUAAUGAUCAGUAGUUUUCUCAACUCACUCCACAUGGUAUAACUUCCAUUAGUAGGGAUAGGAAGAACUUUUAGUAGGUCUGAAUUAAAGUGAAAUGUAAUGCAAAGGAUUUCUGCCUCUGAGGUACAAUACAAUAGUGCUCAUUUUUGUAUUGUUUUAUUUCUCAAUAUAGUACAACAAGACUUUUGAUUUGAUAUCUGGGGAUUUUAGUUGUAUAGGUUCCUCUGCAUCUGUAGAGGAAUUUUGAAGCCCUUUUUGUCACGAUUUGCAGGAUGCGCACACUAAAGUUCUCUUCCAUUUUUUUUUUUAUAGAAAGAAGAGGGGGGGGGGGGGUGAAUGUACAAUUUAACAAAAGGCCUUGCGAACAUUUGUUGAGAGUUGCAUGUGUGCAAAGGAAAGCCCACAUCACACUUUAUGUAUAUAAUGUGAUGUCACUUUGGAAGGAAUUGUAACAGCAUAAAUCUUUUAAAAAAAGUGACAAAUGCAAUCGACCUGAACAGGUGUCUUGACAAGAAUGUGAAAGGUAAAAAUAAAUGGGCUUUUUAUUCAGAGAAAAGGCCAAAUGAAU